AUGGUAAGCUAUGUGUGUACCAUGUCUACUUCAUUUACAUACUGUGUUCUCUUCGUGGCUGCAUUCCUUGCCUGUUUGUUAUCUGCAGUUGGAUACCCUGCGGCGGGUCGUCAUCCACGCCGAUGGGCACAGCAACACUAAUGCGGUACGUACGGCGAGGAAGGAAGGAAGAAAUACCGAUGAAACCAAUCCAACGUUGUGUCUUGCAUCAGGCGGGGAAGUCUUCACUACGACGACGGCCUCCUGAACAAGGAGAAGACAUGCCCAUGGGAGACAUAAUGGUACUCGAGUACUCACGUGUGUCAGAAAUUCAGAAUGCUCGCUGAUUCAGACUAAUGCGAAGCUAAUAGGCGGGUCAGCCACUUCAUUCGUGACGUCAUCAAGGGCUCUUCACAUUGUGACGAACACUUGGCACCUGUCCCUUUGGUCUGGUCUUUCAGCUCAGCGAGAGAAGCUGGCGGCGCCGUUGGGCCCCAGCGUUGUCCUUAUCCUGAAGGCCACUCAGGUGCGUAAGGAAGACAGAACAAAGAGGAUAAUGCACCAUUUUGCUCAUGUCUCCUCUAUGUAUGAAUCAUCUGUUUCUCUACGCCUACUUGGCUGCACCGGCGGCCGUUUAUUGGUCGGAUCCGCGGCGAAUAUGGAUGGCAACGAGCGGGAGCACCUCGUGGACGAGGUACUCACUCACACCCACCCGACAUUGGACGGAUAGAUGGAUGGAUGGAUACGGAUGGGUCUGUCUGUGUCAGGUGGUAGAGGACUGAGCGGGCACUCAAGGACAGCUCGAAGGACGGCUGCAAUGAGGACGAGCUCGUGGACUACGUCAAAGAAGGCUGCGGCCACAAGGAGCUGACCAGGAACACACGAUGAUAUCACACAGAACGUCCACACACACACACACACACACACAGAGAGAGAGAGAGAGAGGAUCUGAUUGAUACAUGAGUGUGUCGUGUGUGCUGGCUAUGUGCAGACCAGGGACGGCUGCUACAGCGGUCCAUCAAGGGAUCAAUCACCGCUGCCGAGGCCAUCCGCCACACCAUCAGCAGCAGUGACAGCAGCAUCGGAAGGCAGCAGAAGGCAGCGGCAACAGCAGCCAUACCGCCCCCCGACAGACAGAGGGCGCGUGAGGGGACGGACGACGAGGGCGGCACGGCAUCCACCACCAGGUGCGUACAGAAGGCACGGCAACGCAUUUGUUUCUUAUGCGCAUUGGUCUGUCUCCCUUCAGGCCGUCAGCAGGGCGGCGCUGGGCAAGAGGGUCAGCAGCCUCCUGGCAACAGCCUUCGAGGUGAUGGUCGUCGAGAAGGUCCUGUGCAGCAGCAGAAUGGUGUCCGAAGGUGAGCACAGGACGGACACACGGACAACGAACAGCUCUCACGAUGCAUGUACAUACGUACCCUCUCACCUCCCCUCUUCCCUCCCUCUGUGUUGUCUGCCUUCUUUCAGGGUAUAGUGAGUUGCGGGCUAGUGUCAAUCGGUAGUACACGAGGGGCGAUGAGGUCCGCAGCCGCCCCGCGCCUCGCGACUCUCCUGCCGGCCCACACGCCGAUGGCCCACGGCGAUUGCUGCACCAGCAGCCAACAGAGCCCGCCUCGCCAUCCACUCACCCCCAGCCGUCGCGCCAGCAGCGAGAGGCCGACCAGCAGAAGGCCGACGAGGCGGGGGCUGAGGGGCAGAGAGGCGAGAAGGCCGACGAGGGUGCCCAGCCGUCUGGCGCAGCAGCAGAUGGGUUGGACGGCAUGGAUGAUGGUCGGGAGGACACACACGGGUGAGUGAGUGGACAGAAAGAAACACAAUUAUGUACAUACGUGCCAUCCAUCCAUCCAUCUCUCUGUGAGUCAGACCAAGUCGCCAGUGCCACGCUCUGUUGUCGAGCCCUCGCCCAACAAGAACGCGCAGAUGUCUUAAGACCACACCAACGAGGGGUUGGCCGCUCAGCUGCCGUGCGUGGUGCUGACGAUGCCCGUGAGGGGGACAGAGGACGAUGGGCUGCGGGGGACGGGGAGAGGGCCGCCUGAUGAGGAGGGUGCCACCCACCGGACGGCUCCUUAUGGUGAGAGAGAACCAGGGAAGGACGAGGGAGGGGUGGGGAGGGUGCUCGUGUGAGUGCAUUCAUUCGUUCAUUGGUUCAUUCGAUGAAUGGACGUGUCAGGUGUGUUGGCGCGUAAGUUGCUGCAGUGUCUCGAGGCGCAGCGGCUCAGGGACCUCGUGAUCGGAUUCAAGGUGAGGGGCGGCAUGGCAUGCUGGUGGCUUACUCUAUUGAUGCGUGUCUGCGUGUCUGUCGCUGUGUGUGUACGGAAGGGUAUACGCAUUUCUCCUGUGCUUGUUAUGUUCGUGUGUCAGGCGUUGCUGCACGAGCCAGCCGAUGUCACAGCGACUCUCAUCUCGUCCAUCAAGGACAUGGUGAGGGCUGACAGACACUUGGAAGGAAGGCGUUCAGUUCAGAUCAAUGCAAUGCAUUCUGUUGUGUGUAUGCAUGGUGCAGGGGGCCUCGAGUCUGUCGUCCUUUGUCCCACUGUGGUUCGAGUGCAUCAAGGGGCAUGCCCUGCUCCUCCCUCCCCCUACCCCCACGCCGCCCCCCAAGCAGUGCCUCAUCCUUCCGCCGCCCCGCUAA